CCUUUUACCCAUCAUCAACGGUUCAAGUUGUACUUUUCUUCCCUCGAGCUCUCAGGCUGUGGCCUCGCUGAGAAUUCGGAAGAGCCUCGACAAGCACUUCAAACUGAUAUCAGUUGUUUCCUUACUACUAAUACUGUGUCCUUCUGUCCUCUCUGUCUCUUCCUCUUUAGCAGUUUUCAAGUUCUUCUCCCAACAAACCUUGAAGCAUCUCAUUCACCAUGCCAGCCAAGGGGUCGAAUCUGUCUAGCCCCAAGUAUGGGUACGACUUUGUGGUCGCGACGACCCAAGCGAGCAUCAAUUCUGGGCUUGCUGCUUUCCUGGCUGAAGGAAACCAGCCGACCACGUAUCUUUGCUUCCUUGUCGAUCCGCAAACUGGCAACCCAAAAGACAUGGUAACUCUGGAUGAGCUGCUCGAGGCAACCAACGGUGUCAACCCCUUCGAGAUACCGGCUGGCACUCCAUGUGACGACCCUCGCAUUGCCCCGCUCACUACGGCGCUGUUCUGCGUCGGCAUCGAGCUGCAAAUCGGCCUGCCUCCGGGCGUCUUGCCAAAGAACCUGCCCCCGAUUGUCAACCUUGGCAACAGCGCCAACAAUGUGGAAUUCAACCUGUUCUGCUCCAAGUUGACCGUCAUCCAGAACCAGCCUCCAUCCGGCUGGGGUAGCGCGGGCAGCUGGAAUGUCUGGAGCCAGCCCUCGGGGACGCCGUGGUACUUCUCCACUAAGGUCAACCUUGUCAUGGCCGAUCUCGACAAGGAGCUUGACACGCCCUACUUCAACAGCCACCCGGACGAGAAGGCUGCGUUGCUGCGGCAGCUGGAGAACCUGUCGGCAACGGCCUUCAGUCUGCAGCAGCUCAUGUUCGACCUCAGCAACGCUGCGCUGCAGACCCUUCCGCAGCUGGCAGGCAUACCAGACGACUCUAAUGCGGCGAUUGUGCUUUACAAGUCCUUCAUCAACAUCUACUCCGAUCUCGCCAAGGAGCGUGGCUGGCCGCUGCUCGCCGUGGCGGCGACGGUUUCGCUGCUCAAAGAUAACAAUGGCGUUCCCAUCAAGAACCCCACGGCGGAGCAGAAGAAGGUCACGACGUUGGACCACCUCUGUGCCGCCAAUAACCACGCGCUCCCGGGCACCUCGAGUUUCAGCUGGAACUGGGUUCUGCCAACCGAGGUUGAUCAGCAAAGCGGCGUCAUGUCCAUCAACCGAAACUCGAUGGCGGAUUUCUUCCUGCCUCAAAUCCUGCCCAUCGCCAGGAAUAACUGUAUUUUGUGUGAACCCCGGGCAGAAGCUGACCCCUUGUCGCCCGCGGGCACCGUCGGCAUUCGCAUCACCAGUGGGCAGAUGCCGACAAAGAUAGAGACUACGGCAUCCGGAGACAAGGUCAUGCACAUCGAGUACACGGAUUCGAAGCUGGCCGAGGACUGGGCCGGUGCGUCUUACUGCGGAGUGUCGGUCGAGCCGCUGUACAAUUGCGAUGUGUAUUUCGUCGACACGACCAUCAAAGUCGUUCAGCGCGUCAAGAUCUACCUCUGGAUAUGCUUCGAUAACACGGACCAAGGCAUCAACAUCUUCGGCCAAACCUUGACCGACACGUAUGCCAUGUCGGUAUCCCAGGCGGGCGGUCUGCAGAUCGGGCACACCGGCAGCGUAAACCAGGACGAUUCCGAAGACCCAGACGCCAGUGGCUUUGUCAACUUUUGGACCGGCAUCAACGAUGUCCUGGCCAGCCUGAAAGAGCAGUUUCACGCGGUCGAGUGGAUGAAGCUGGACACUAUUCCGCUUGACACAUUGCAGGCCUUCAUAUUCCCCGGAUCAAAGACCUUCACGUACGACCUUGUGUGCGCCAUAACCUACGUGGAUCCCAGCCAGGCAAGGCGGAAGCUGCGAGAUGUGCAAGCACUGACUGGCACCUUCCACCCCGAAGCAUCGCCGGGCCUGGUGCUUACUUCUUCGUCCCAGAUGAUGCAAAAUUAUGCCCAUGGUCAGCUCAUGUCCCCAACCGAAAAGUUCCAGGCCCUGCAGACUGCCAGUGGCCACGCCCUCCUCUUUGCCAUCGACACCUCGGGCGUGUUUCGCGUUAUCGAGGAGAGGAGCGGGAAAGCGAACAUUGGAUGGGUAGCCACCGACCUCUCCACCUCACUCAUCGCGGCAGAGUUCGGCGGGGCGAGCAAUGUCAAAGUCGAUACAUUCGACGUCGGACAGAGCGCAUUGGAUGGAACCAUUGGCCUUGCUCUCGCCAUUUUCGACGGCACAACCGACUGGCUGUUUGUCUCCCUCGGCAACUCCAGGUCCGAUACAUCAUGGACAGCGAAGCCCGCUUGGAAGCGUGUCAACUUCGACGCUGUCACGGAAAAUCCGCCGGGGAUCAACAUCGUCGGCGUCAUGUUCGCUGAGACGAUGGGGCCCGGUCAGUAUCUCAUGGCCGACAUUGACCGGCUGGGAUCCUCAACCAAGAACAUAGCUCGGUACCACGUCGACCCGUCCAAGUCGACUGGACGCUACUGGGUCAAGCAAGGUGUGCCAGUCGACAUCGAGAACGGCAAUUAUCAGAGCUGUGUCGGCCAGGUGAAGGGCGGCUAUGUCGAUGGCAUCUACACGGCAGGGCAAGCCGGUGCCGCGUCGCAGCUGGUCUACACGCCCGUUGAGAACGCCUUCGGCUCGGGACCGCCUCUGCCACGACGUCUAGGCCUGCCGGGAGGUGCGCUUCCGUCGGCAAUUGCGACUGCUCGUUACACGGAUCCCUCGUCCGAGUUCUACUCCUUCACUGAUCUCUUCGCCGUCGGUGGCUCGACGCUUUACCGGUUCGCGCCCGACAAACAACAGGAUGGCGCCACACCGCAACCAAUUGUCACCAACGAUAUCUUUUCCAAUACCAGUCAACUGUACGCAAUGACGCUGGGCGGCGUUACAACUCUCUGGGGCAGGAACGCAAGCAACGUGGUGUAUUACAUUGCAUGCCCAACCUCACAGCUGGACCAGCCAGGCUCAUGGACGGACGGCGGAAACACCAUCUUUGCCGCUGGUGGCGGGAGGUUGGUGCGCUUGACCCAGGCAUCCAGGACGAACGCAAAGGCAUGGCGGUCUCAAGAGAUCACUAUUGCUGCUCCGCCGGACCUGGCACCGCUGUCUUUCAACUCAUACACCACUAGCCUCGUUGCCAGCGAUGCCAAUGGCCUGCCUGUCAGCGGGCUCGAGGUCCAGAUAUCGACAGACUCUGCCACCCCGCUCUACAUCAACGGCCUGUAUUAUCUCGUGGGACCAACCCCUGUGACCAUCACCACCGACCCGUCCGGCAUCAUAACCAUAGUCGAAGCGUGCAACGAUCUGAAUGCCGCCGUCAUCACAGCCCCGAUACCCAACGAUAUCAUGAGCUAUGUUAUUGACCCGAUGGACUAUGCCUUCGAUAAGAUGGCCGCUCUCAAUACCCCGGAUGCUCUUCGUAAUGCAUCCUAUCCCGCCGAGACCACAGCAGGAGGAGUUGUCGGCGAUCCGGGCUCUACACCGCUUGUGGCUUCCACGGUUAGCCAAGAUGACCUGCAAGUCAUCGCCUCCCGGAUGGGAACCCUCAAGGAUGUCUGGGCCGACGUGAAACCACCAUCCACUACACCCCUGAGGAGGCUAAAGCCGAGUCAUCCAGGCGUUGUCGCCGCCACUCUCUACCAAGCAUCCGAGCCGUACAGGGGCCAUCUCGAUGAUAUAGCCAUCGCGGCUGGCGACCUCUUCCAGUGGCUCAAGUCAGGAGUCGAAGCCGCAAUCGACAUCAUCAAGGACGCUGCAACCGACGCAUGGCACUUCAUUGCCGAGAUCGCCGGCACGGUGUACCGUGCGGUCCUAGACACGGUUGAGGCCAUUGUCGGUGCCCUUGAAUGGGUGUUCAAUGCCAUCAAGACAACAAUCGAGCAGAUCAUCGAGUUCGUCAAGUUUCUGUUUGUCUGGGACGACAUCCGCCGAACGAAGGAGGUUCUGCACAACGUGGUGAGAUUGUAUCUGAAACACCAGGUUGGUAACCUGGGAUACGUCAAGACUCUGUUCAACAACCAGGUCGCCGAGGUAGAGAAGACACUGAGCAAUUGGGCCGGUCUCGGCGACUGGUCGCCCCUGGGUCCUGUGGCCUCGACCUCGACGGGAUCAGCUGGAACCAACCCAGCCAAAUAUCAGACGGCUUCCUCGAUGUUGCUAGCAAGCCAUCUCAGAGACAACAUUGGCCAGCUCACUGUCAAAGACACCAGCGCCACGGUAGAUAUCGUGCAAGAGGUCAUCGACAAUCUUCUCAAUGCGAUAUCGACUGAAGGCCAAGUCCUCUCGGCCGUCUACACCAAGCUGCAAGAUGUGGCGGCUAACCUGCUCACAAUGUCCGUCGCCGACGCCAUCAAGAAGAUUGCGGCCAUUUUGGGCGAGGGCAUGCUCUCCUCGGUCCAAGUCGUCAUGGACGCACUGCUGGAUGCGCUUGCCAGCGUCGCCGACACGGCCAUAGACCUGCUGGACACCCAAAUCUACAUUCCCAUCAUCUCCGACAUCCUCGCAGAAAUUGGCGUUUCCAGCAUCUCCUUCCUGGAGCUGUUUUCAUGGAUCGCGGCAGUGAGUGUGGAUGUCGUCUACAAGAUUGCCUACGGAACCGCUCCGUUCCCUGACAACAGCGACGUCAACGCACUGAUUUCGGCGAGCAGCUGGGAGGACAUCGCGACGUUAUUUGGCAAAGGUGUCGACGCCACAUCGGAGCCCAAGGCAGGCGCCAUCACCCUGCCGGCUGAGGUGGCCAAGACAGUCCAUAUAGUCGGGCAUGCUGCUGCAGGCUUCAACAUUCUCGUGGGCAACUUCCUGCAAGUCUUUGAAGCCGAAGCUCCGACAGGCGACAACCCCUUUUCGUUGCCCCUGGCCGUCAUGGGUGUUGUGACGCCCGUGUUGCAGGGCGCAGCCGACUUCCUGGUCCCGUCGGAACCGGUCGACAACACGGCCGUGAGCGCCGUCUCCACGGCCACAACGGUAGCUGGCGUCGUGUCCAAGCUGAUAUUCUGUGGCCCCGUUCAGAGCAGGCUCGCCGUCAGCAGCAGUGGUUUCUCAGCUCUGGCAGUCCAAGACGGGCGCGCCACGUCGGCCAUUGUCAGCGCCAUCCUGGUCGUUCCGUCGCUGUUCGUCACGGGCUGGCACUUUUACGAACUGAGCCAGAAACCAGCCGGUACCGAGCGCUCGGCCGCUAUCGUGGGCGAAGUCUCCAAGCUGACGUCCUAUGGCUCUACCAUCUCGUACGCUGUGGCAGUGAACGUCUAAGGACCCCAUGUCCAAGC